UUCCUCCCUCUCUCUUUCUCUCUCUCUCUCUCUCGCUCUUGAUCCAUUUGUCGUCCGCUUCGCCGCGCCACCUUCUCCAUCGCCUCGCCAAAGCGCGCUACGGAGAGAGAUCGAGGGGGAAUCGAGGGUUAGGGUUUCGACGUGCUGCCCCGGCGAUCGGCCGCGGCGGAGGCGGCGGCGGGGGACGGAGAGUCCUCUUGGGAUGGCCCAUCAGAGCAAAUUCGUGUCGGUUAAUCUCAAUAGAUCCUAUGGCCAGCCCUCCUCUUCCUCCUCCUCUUCCGUCCAUGGCCGCUCUCGCCCCGGCUCCGGCGGCGGAGGCGGAGGCGGAGGAGGGAUGGUAGUCCUUUCGAGGUCCCGGAGCUCGGCCACCUCCGCAGCAAAGACCGCCCAGAAGCUUGCCGUUCCGCCCCCCUUGAACCUGCCGUCGCUGAGGAAGGAACAUGAGCGCUUCGACCCGGCUUCCUCGGGGUCUGCCGCCACCCAUGGCAGCCCUGGUCUUGGAUCGCGGGGGGGCACUUCCGCUCUGGGUUGGAGCAAACCUGCCCUCCCGGUUCCAGAGAAGGAUGCUGGCAGCAGAGGCCAGUCGCAGUUGGGACGAUCGGCGAUCAUUAAUGACGAGCUUGCCGGUAGUUCCUACAUUUCUCCUGGUGCUCGCCCUGGUGGCCAGCCGCUCAAUGCCACACCAGGUCAGGGGUUUUCCGAGAAAGCUGUGAUCUUGAGGGGCGAGGACUUCCCAUCUCUUCGGGCCACCUUCACCUCACCUGCGAAACAGAAAGACACAUCAAGCCAGAAGCAGAAGCAAAAGCUAGGAGUGGAAGAGCAGUCGGAAAGGCGGGAGGUGUCCGAGUUACAUUCGCCUCUUCAGAUGAGGCCGCAGAUCAAAUCCUCUCGUCUUAUUGCCAACAGCAUGUCAGAUGGUGAUGGGGGGCUGAUCCGACCACUCUGUGCUUCAGAACAGUCACAGCGACAGGAUAGGGACUUGCCGGGUCUGCUGCCGCUCGUACGGCUUCAGCACACGUCAGAUUGGACUGAUGAUGAGCGCGACAUAGGGCUUAGCAUCCCUGAACGAGAGAGGGAUCGGGGGUUCUUGAGGUCCGAGUUGGUUCAGGUUCAUGAUGCUUAUGAUGGCCGAGGGCUGCAUGAUACCGAAGGUGGCAGUGCUUGGUCCAGGGAGCCCUUCAAAGGGUAUCCUUCUGGGAAGGAUGUAAGGGCUGCAAGCAAUGAAAGUCAGGAUUUUGUCUCGUGGAGGUUUCCAAUGAAUUCAAGGGAUAGAUUGAACACCAGUUCACCGGGAGUCGACAGGGAUAGACAUUAUGCUAGGCCCAUAAGUGGAAACAGGGAAGUCAGUACGGAGGGUGUUAAUAUUCAGUCAUCUUUUGGAGAAAAUGGUAGUGAUGGUUUUGCUAAGAGGAGCCAGGAUUAUCGAAACGCCAAGAUGGAUUUGGUUUCUUCUGAGCACACUCGAAUUGGUAAAGUUGUAGCAGAAGCAUUUAGUGGGACUCAUGGUCAUGGCCAUUCCAAUAACUGGUCCAAAGGAAGCUCCUUUCAAAAUGCCACAGUCUUGAAGGGCCAAUUCUCUACUGGAACUAGAGGCACUUCCUUGAAUGAUCCAACGCUGAACUUUGGUAGAGAAAAGCGGUCGGCACCAAGUGCUGGAAAGCCAUAUCUUGAAGACACUGAAUUUGACAGCAAGGAUCCCUUUUUAGGGGGCAUCAGGGACAUGAAUGCUAAAGCAUAUAAGAAAAAGAAGGAUCUCGAAAAACAGAUUGAUUUCCCUGACCCCAUCAGGGAGUCAUUUGAAGCAGAGCUUGAAGGAAUUCUGAGGACGCAGGAGCAGGAGCGCCAACGCAUCGUGGAAGAGCAAGCCAGAGCAUUGGAGCUUGCACGUAAGGAAGAGGAGGAGAGGGAGAGGGUGGCCAGAGAGGAGGAGGAACAGAGGCGAACGCUUGAAGAAGAGGCAAGAAAUGCUGCUUGGAAAGCAGAGCAGGAGCGGUUGGACGCUGCAAGGCGAGCUGAAGAGCAACGGAUUGCAAGGGAAGAGGAAAAGAGGAGGUACCAGAUGGAGGAAGAAAGAAGGACAGAGGCUGCACGGAAAAAACUUUUGGAGUUGGAAGCCAGGAUUGCGAGACGGCAGGUAGAAGAUAAUGGAAAAGAUGAUAGGGUUCACUCUUCUGUUACUGCUUCUGAGGAACGAGUCCCUGGAGUAGUAAAGGAAAGAGAUGUACCACAAGACACAGAAGUUGGAGGCUGGGAGGAUGGUGAGAGGAUGGUAGAACAAAUCACUAGCUCUGCCCUAUUUGAUUCUUUGUCUGUGGAUAGGAUUCUGGAAGUGGGUCCUAAGUCUCAAUUUCCAAGGGAUACCUUUCCUUCAUUUGCUGAAAGAGAAAAACAUGCUUAUGGCCGCACAAUUCUUCCUUCACAAGCUGAUGACAAUCUCUAUCAUAAUCCAAGGCAAGAUGCAUUUGGUCAUAGAGGAGGCUUCUCCAAGAAAGAGUUUCAUGGUGGUAUUGAGACAAGGUCUAGUAGGCCAUCAUCAAAAGGAGCAACAAUGAUUGAAACAUCACAGAGGCCAGAUGAAUACCAUGAACCAAGGAAACAAAGGUGGAACUCUAACAAAGAGGUUGAUUAUUUCAAGAGAAAUAAUGACAUCAAUUCAGAGUUUAUUGAUAGUGUUAAGUUUCGAGAUGUUGGAAUGGUACCUGGUAAUUCACAGGGAAGUCCUCAGGCUCCAUACACUGAAAUAUCAUCGGAUAACCCCGUGGUUGAUGGCUUUUCCUCAUUUACGAGGUAUCGUCAGUUCUUGAGGCAGCCUCGUGUGCCUCCACCCCCAUCUGUGACAUCAGUUCAGAGAAGCUCUUUCAGAGAUCCAGCAGAAGGAGCAAGUUCAUCAUGUUUCAUAGAUGAUGAUGUGCAUUAUAAUCAUCCAAGUAGAUAUGAGCAAAAGACUUUACACAGAGGUUUUGACAAUGUGUUUCAUGAAACCCAUCAGCAAGGUGGAACAACAGCUUUUCUCGAAAAGAAUGCUAGCCAGUUUGAGCAAGAGGCAGAGAAGAUGAGCCCAAGAUAUGACUCCCAAUUGUCCCCUUCUGUUUCGAGCCCACCUAGCUCGCCUGCGCUUUUGCAUCAUGAGAUGGACAUUUCCAGGGAUUCUCCCCCGCUGCCAGCUUCUGCUGAUGGUGAGCGGACUAUCGUAUCUGACAGUGAGCAUAUUGUAUUGCCAUUGGAGGGUGGUGCUGUCGAUAGAAUGAUGGCUUCAAGGUCAAUCUCUCCUGGAGUUGAUGAUGAAUGGCCUGUUGAGAACAAUGAAGAGAUACAGGAGCAAGAAGGUGAUGAAUACCAAGACAUAGCUGAAGCACAUGAUGGUGUUGAUGAGAAUUUUGAUUCAGUCCAGGAGAUAGAAGAUUUACAUUCUGAUGUGCAGACUACAACUGGGGAGAUGGAACAAGUAAUUCUUGGAUUUAAUGAAGGUGUUGAGGUUAAACUUCCUAGUAUAGACAAGUUUGAGAUAACUUCUAGCAACAGCGAAAAGGAAUUCAGGAUACAUGCAGGUUCGGCUGGUAAUUUGGAAGAAUCCAUCAGUAAUUGUGAAAUUAUUGUUCAAGAAGAUGUUAUGGAUAGUUCUUUACAAAGUGAACCUGAAAAGUCAUUGAAAGAUUUGUCUCUUGAUCCAAUCUCAGCAUCUAGCUAUUCUGUAAAUGGUGCUGAAGCAUCUCAGAGCUCAAGACUGCCAGCUCAACAUUCAGUGACUUCUGCCACAAGCUGUCCAAUGACAUCUACAGCCUCGGAUUCACCCAACUUAUCUUUUCCUUCUAUUGUCGUCAGUCAGGGUGAAGCACCUGUUAGUCUCCAGUUUGGUCUGUUUUCUGGUCCUUCUUUGAUACCUUCUCCUGUCCCAGCCAUUCAGAUUGGUUCUAUUCAGAUGCCAAUACAUAUGCAUACACAUAUAAACCCUUCUCUACCACAGGUGCACCCUUCGCAGCCUCCUUUAUUCCAGUUUGGCCAGCUGCGCUAUACCCCAACCAUCUCUCACAGUAUAUUGCCACUAGCUCCUACUAGCACAGCCUUCAUUCAGCCUUCUGCUUCAGCUCCCUAUUCCUUUAAUCAGAAUCCUGCUGGUUCUUUGUGUGACCAAACAACCCAAAAUUACUAUUCAGACAAAUCACGAGAUGAAAAGCCUUCUGGUUCUUCACAUAAACAAACUGAUCUUGUGAAAAACCCCUUCGAAUCUUCACAGCAUAGAGCAUUGUUAGAUUCUGGAAAGAAUGUUUCUAUAGCUUCUCAGAGUCGGACAGAAAUAUCAUCUUUGGUUGAAAAGAAAGGUGCAAACAAUUCAAUUUCCCAAGCUGAAAGCCAUGGUGAAGAUGAUGCCACCAUGAAGAAGGGCUAUAGGCUCACUGGUAAGUGGAAAGAAUCUCAACAUCAACAGCAGCAUACUGAACUACAAUCCUCCAGGUUCUUUCCAGGAGGAAAACCUCCCUUAAGGAAUCCAGGCAAUUUCUCUGGUGGGAGGAGGAAGAGAUACACUUAUAGUGUAAAAAAUGCUGGUACAAGGUCAUCAUUUCCAGGUGAAGAUACAUUGCAGGCAGAAUCAAGUGGCUUUCAGAGAAGAGCCAGGAGAAAUAUUCGAAGAACAGAAUUUGGAGUCAGAGAGAAUAUUGCGAGGAAGCAAACACAAGGUACAGAGUCAUUAAAUAGUUUUGGGCAGGAUGAGAAGUCAAAUGAGGAUUCAAUGGCCACUGGGAUUUCUAUAAGGAACCUAGAUAAGAAAGAUGCUCCUUUGGAUAGGUCAGUCAAGAUUGCUAAUGAUCCUGACAACCUAAGUUCAGGUGCUUCUAUCUCUUUAGUUGUGAGCUCUGAUAGGACAGAGAGAGUCAUUAGAAAUGAAACUACUUUAAAGAGUGAAAGCAUCUUUGACAAGUCUCAUGCUGGCAAAGGCAAUAUCAAGGCAGGUGAUAGUCUUGAGGGCGAUGUUGAUGCUCCUCUGUUGAGUGGAGUUAUUCGUGUUUUCAAACAGACAGGAAUUGAAGUUCCUAGUAAUGAGGAUGACUUUAUCGAGGUAAGGUCCAAGAGACAGAUGCUGAAUGACCGCCGAGAACAGAGGGCAAAAGAAAAUAAGUCAAAAUCCAGGGUGCCAAAGGGACCUGGCAAGCAAUUUGCUGUUCCACAAAGUAAUGCUGCUAGCUCCAACCCUAAUAAAGCAGUGACAUCUUCAGUUAGCGACACAACUACUAUUGUUUGUGCUAAUUCUCUUGUCGCAGAGGGAAGGGAAUCUACUAGACUGAAGUCAUCAUUUGUUACCACUGCUAAUUUGACAUCUCAAACUCUACCUCCAAUUGGCACCCCAUCGGUAAAUGCUGAUUUUGAAAGAAGAUUGAAUGACUCAAAGUCAGGUCAGGCAAUCAUUGUACCUGCCGUAUCUGAUAGCGAGUCAAUACUCGUUCCAGGUCUACUAGAAAACAAAAACACGUGUCCCGAAUAUACUGUAUUGCCAUUGAGUUCCUGGGACAGUACACACACGAGUCAUCAGGUGAUUGCCCUGACUCAAACUCAGCUUGAUGAAGCUAUGAAGCCAACACAAUUUGGUUCACAGUUAGUUUCUAGCAUUAUUCUUGAGCCCCACAAACUCGUAUCAUCUAUUGUGACUCCGGAAAAACCUUUCUCUUCAUGUGCAAGCCCUGUUAAUUCCUUGCUUGCUGAUGAGAAAAUUCAGUUCGGAGCCGUGAUGCCACCAAACAUUUUACCUCCUGUCAGCCGAGCUAUUUCCAAGGGAACUGGGCCACCAAAUACAUGCAGGCCAGAAUUAAAAAUAGGUCAAAACCUGUCUAAUAACAGUUAUUCUAUGUUCUUUGUCAAAGAACAGUGCCCUGGCGAACCAUGUGCAGAUCUCGAAGAUGCAGAGGCGGAAGCUGAAGCAGCUGCUUCUGCUGUUGCAGUUGCUGCCAUCACCAAUGAUGAAAUGGUUGGAUCUGGUAUUGGUACAGCUUCAGACACCAAAAGCUUCUCUUCUGCAGAUGGCACUGCUUUGGCUUCCGCAGGUGCAGCAAAUAGCCAUGAAGUAACUGGUCAGUCAUCCUGUGAAGAAUCCUUGACAGUUGCUCUCCCAGCAGAUCUUUCAGUAGAUACUGCACUCUCAGUAUGGCCGGCUUUACCGAGCCCACAGACAUCCCAAUCAGUGCUCUCACAGUUUCCUGGAGCCUCACCUUCUCAUUUUCCCAGCUUUGAGAUGAACGGUAUACUAGAUGGGCGUAUUUUUGCUUAUGGGUCCAAUGAUGAGUCAGCUGGCUCUCAGGGACAGCCACAAAAAGGUGCUGCUUUGGGUUCUGGGGCACUGGGGUCUUGGCCACAGUACCACCCUGGCGUUGACUCCUUUUAUCGCCCACCGGCAGGGUUUACUGGCCCAUUUAUCAACCCUGGAGGAAUUCCUGGUGUUCAAUGCCCGCCACAUAUGGUCUUCUACAAUCAUUUUGCUCCGGUUGGACAAUUUGGGCAAGUAGGCGUAGGUUUCAUGGGAACUACUUAUAUACCUGCUGGGAAGCAACCAGAAUGGAAGCAAAAUCAAGUAUGUUCUACGGUUAAUGACAGCGAGGGUGACCUGAGCAAUCUAAAUGCUGUUUCUGGUCAGGGAACCCCAACCAGUGCGCCAGCUAUCCAGAAUUUAGGCCCAGGUUCACCUCUCAUGGUGGCUUCUCCUUUGACCAUGUUUGACAUGAAUCCAUUCCAGCCGGCUGCCAAUAUUCCAUUGCAAGCUUGGUCUCAUGUGCCUCCACCACUCCACUCGAUUCCCUUAUCCAUGCCGCUACAGCAGCAUCACGUGGAGAGUAGGAUUCCUUCACAAUUAGGCCGCAAUCUUUCGGGAGAUGCAACCACCGGAAAUAACAGGUUUGGCGAUCCUCGUCCAUCAGUGAAUUCUGAAAUUAGUAGGAGCAUCCCAUUUCCGAACUCUACUGCUUCCGAGAUCUCAGAUGAGCUAGGUCCACCAAAGCAGCCAACUUGCGGCACUGCCACUACUCAGACUGUUGUGCCUCGGGAAAGUACUGCAAGUGCGAAUGAGAAGAAGGAUCUACAGGUGGUAGCGAGAACAAUUGUAUCCGGAAUUGAUAGCAGGGGCACUCGUGCAAGUAGCAGUGAGGGUAGUGGCCAGACAACCGGCUUGCCCUCUAAGAGUCUGCGACCAACUUCAUCAGGCCAGCAGCACCAUAAUCAAGCUGGACAUGAGCAACACCGUGGGAUCUCUCAGAGAACAGGCUCUGGAGGUGAAUGGCAUCGGAGGACCACCGGAUUCCAGGUCAGGAAGCAGGGUUCUGGAAUGGACAAGAACAACGGCCCCCCUAAAAUGAAGCAAAUAUAUGUGGCUAAGCCAUCAAGCAGUGGACUAUCAAGCCAAGGCCAGACUAAAACUUGAUGAUGACGUCUCUCCUUCAUAAUAACGGAGGUCAUCGUUUCUGCUCUCUUCAUCCAAGUUGAUCCUUGGCUUUUCCUUCGCCAUGAGAAGUCACCGGUGCCCUCAAAUCCACGAGAGACUGCUAUGUGCUUGUUCAGUAAUUUAUUCUUGAUGAACCAUGAUUUUUAUUGAUGGGCUUUUGACAACUUAAAAAUGAUUCAUAAGGCUUGUCAUAUUGUAUGCCUUCUUUUUUGCUUCAUGUAAACUAGGUUUAUCAUCUUAUAGUUUCCUUGAUCAUUUUUUGCUUA